UCUUGCCCAGUUGCCCUAAACCAAAAAUCUCUGAUUGUAUCGGCGCCUCCAUACCCAGCUCAUUUUCCCCACUUUGGUUCUAUAAAAUCGUCUGAAAUUAAUGGUUACUACUUAUUUAGUUGUUGAAGAGCUCUAUGGAGUUGUAAAACUUUCCCAUUUUGUCUAUUGCUUGUGUUACUGAGUUGGAGAAGAUAUGUGGUGGUUUCCCUAAUUUAUUCAUCUUGUGAAAAUGGAUGCGAUUGAGUUUCCUUACCAAAGGGAUGUCUCGGUUUCGAAGAAUUUGAUGGGUAAAGGAUUUGGUAGAGAGCGUAUGUUAGAAGGGGAUCGAUCAGAAUCCAUCAGUGUUGGUUCAGUUCCUCGUAGCUCCGGUCUUAUUGGAUGCAGCACUAGUGGUAGUAUUAAAGAUAAAGCUCGGGCAGUGAAACAAAAACAUGGCUUAGACGGUAAACGGAGUGACAGGAACAAAGUUAAACCACCUAUGAAGACUAAACUGGAUUCAUUCUUUUCGAAGAAUGGGAUAACAAGCAAUAACUCAUCCUCAGGAGGAAACAACAUUCUUGGGAUAUAUGGUCUGAAAUCAGAUAUUCAUGCUGUUACAAGGCAUGUGGAUGAGCUGUCUCUGAAUGAAAUCCUUGAUGGCAGUUAUAAAUGUCCGAUCUUAUCCCAAAGCAAAGGUAAGAAAUCAGCUAAUACAACUGAUAACAUUCUACACUCGGUUCGGAAGGUGUGCUCUAUCCUUCAACCCCAGAGAGCACCUGAACCAUCACAGAAAGAUGUUGACCUAGACAGUGGUUCAAUAAAGAUGGAGGCUUGCAUAUCUGAUACCGGUUUCUGUUCGUCUAAAAGAGAGGAAAAUGAUAAAGAAGAUGGGGACUUGCACGGAGAAACUUCAUCUUGUAAGAUUGAGGACUCCCAUAAAAAGUUUUUGGAUGCCAAGCUGCUGCAUCAACCUAAUGUUAUUCUGGAGCGCUUAGCAUUUCAACCAGUAAAGGAUUUGGAUUCACUCUUACAUGAUACAGCCAAGCCUGGGGUGUCUGUUAGUCCUGAUAUACGAGCAGUCAAGGGAACAUCUCAGAGAUAUAGAUUGCCGCCUUUCUAUUGGUCACAUUCUUUUACUGGCUCAUGUAAAACUAAUGUUGAAGGGAGCAAGUUGACAAUUAGGAGUAGCGCGUUCCAAAGUAGAUGGGUGAGAAUAGAGAGCACCGCCUCCACUCAAGGGGAUAGUACUGGUUGUUUUUCAGACCUGGACUCGUUUGCUUGUGAUUAUAACCUAAAUACUUUAAAACAUCUAAACCUAGGUCUUUCAGAAAAGGAGCCAACUUCGGCAUCCAUCAGUUUUCACAAGCAGGUUCGGUUGUCCACUUCCAAAGAUCCUCUCACUGGCUUCCCACAUAAAUCCGAUAAUUAUUUAGGUGCUCAGUCAAAGUUUGGUUUUAACAUGAACAUUGUUAAAGAUGGUAGAAAAAUAGAAAACAGUUAUGGUCAAGAAAAAUAUUUAAGGUUUGAAGAAAACAAAGAUAAUGGUGUUGGUGGAGAACCAAGUAAGAGAAGGAAAGGUGCUUGUUCUACUGAAGAUGGUAGCUGUUAUUCUAUGUUUAAAUCUUCUGUUACUGGAUAUCCCAACUUUCCUUUGCAUAUACAUGAUCCAGAUGACACUAAACACGAUGCACAUUCUCCAAGGCUACUAGCUGCUGCUCAGAUACUUAACGAGAUCUCAAGACUUUCCAGAACUCAGAAUCAGAACAGGGGAAAAAACAGAUGGCCGAAAAAACUCUCUCAAAAGGUCAUGAAAGCCCGCAAAUCAGGGUCUCGAUUGGGGAGGCCAGAAGAAAUACCAGCUACACCAAAACCAGUUAUGGCACGUAUUGAUGAUGAUGAUGAUGUUAUGAAUCAUGACCAAAGAGCAGUUCCUUCAAAGAAGCCUAGAUUCCUCAUGACCAAUAAUCAAAUGAAAAAGGAUAACUCUCAGUCUCAACCAAGCAAUACUGGAAGAGGGUUGAUGAUAUCUUCACCUCCUGCAACUACAUCAAUUAGGUCAUCUCCUCUUUGCAGUAAUAAGUUAGGGAAAGGUUUGAUUUCCGAAUCAAAGAAAUUGAAUCCCGAUAACCUUAAAGUAUUUGGGACUCUGCCACCAUUGUCUGCUGGGGUGUUGGACAAAUCAUGUAGCAACAGUCAGCAAAAGCUGCGGAAACCAUUGCUUAUAGACUGGAGUAGAGGAAGGAACAAGAGAGCGUGAUGAUGAGGGAUCUACUUUUUGGAUGGUAGGGAACCUAAUCUUCCUCUUUAUUUUGAUGGUUGUCGAGUAGUGAACAGUGCGGUAAGUAGAAUGGAUAGUGGCUAGUGUAGACAAUUGUAAUAUAUGGCAUAGAGAAACAUUGAACAAGUAUUUAAAGCUGUUAGUCAACAGCAGCCACUGGGUUUAUUGUUGUCACAUUAAAAAUCAGAAGGAAUAGGGAAGCAUAGAAAUAGAGGACAGUGAUGUGUAACAUUUGGUUCUUGUUGUAAAGUAUUAGGAUCCAGGCAAUAGAAAAUAUCAGUUCAGUUUC